UCAAUCAUGGAGAUCAAAACUGCUGAUCCAUUAUUUCAUGUCAAAAGCAUGAAAGGAAGAAAAGCUCCACCAAGUCACUACUCAUUCAAAAUCAUGUCUUUCUCAUGGCUAUCCAAGGCCUCAAUACAGAAGUGUGCCUCCGAGGAAUUUGAAGCAGGGGGUUAUAAAUGGAGCCUUUCUAUUUACCCAACUGGUAACACAAAAGGGGGUGGUCAAGGUCAUGUUUCUAUUUAUUUGGUGCUCAUUGACUCAAGUUCGUUACCCGUUGAUUGGGAGGUCAAUGCUGUUGUAAAUUUUUCUGCAUAUAAUUUUAUUGACGAUGAGUAUGUUAUAACUCAAGAUACAAAUGUAAGGCGUUUCCAUGUGCUGAAAACUGAGUGGGGUAUCGCAAAAUUCGUUGACAUAGACACUUUUAAUGACCCUUCAAAUGGAUACUUGAUGGACGAUACCUGUGUGUUUGGAGUUGAGGUUUUUGUUGUUAAGACCAUGGAUAAAGGUGAUUGUUUGUCAAUGUUUCAUGGACCUAUCACUUGUUCCCAUAGCUGGAAGCUUAACAGAUUUUCCUUCGCAAAUUUAGACGAGUACGAGUCUGAAUCAUUUGUCGGUGGAAACUAUAAAUGGAAGCUCCUUUUAUACCCUAAUGGACACGCUGAGGGAAAAGGCAACAGUGUCUCGCUGUUUUUAACAUUGGAAGUCUCAAGUUUGCCCCCUAACACUAAACUCGUUGUGGAUUGCACUUUGCGCACAAAAGAACAAAUUGGUGCGAAUCAUGCUCAAACAAGAUUUUGUCGUAAGUUUGGUAGCUCGAGUUGUACGUGGGGUUCCAGACAGCUUGUGGCCUUGGCUAAACUUAAAGAUCCCAAUAGUGGCUUUUUGGUGGACGAUACUUGCAUCUUUGAAGCCGAAUUUAUUAUUCUUGGCUUAAUGACGCCUGGCAUUGAUUAAUAUGUUUAUAAUAUAAAUACUGUCAUUUCCUACUCUAACUUCCUCUGUCCAUGAAAUCGGAAGAUCAACAACCCUUGCAGUUCAUGACAGUAAAAUAUCUAAGAUGCAACAAAUUAUAUUUACUCAAUUUAACAUGCAUAAAAGAUAUAAAUGAAUCCGGAUCAAGUUCCCAACUUUGAAAUGAUUUGAUCA